AUGGAGAACGGCGGCGCAGUGAGCCAGGGCGAGGGUAAGGACCCCUCCAGCUUCCUGAGCGAGAUCAUCGGCAACCCCGUCGUCGUCAAGCUGAACUCGGGCGUCGUGUACAAGGGUGAACUGCAAUCCGUCGAUGGCUACAUGAACAUCGCGCUCGAGAAGACCGAGGAGUACGUCAACGGUGUGAAGCGGAGGGCCUACGGCGAUGCCUUUGUAAGAGGCAACAACGUCAUGUACAUCUCGGCCGACUCAUGA